UGUACUGAGCGCUACCCAUGCACCUCUGUCCAUGCACAGCGUACAGAAUGUUUAUGUGAGUGUGUGUGUGUGUGAGGGGGGGCACCAGUAAACAUACACUGCUGCUACAGAUAAAACACACAUAGCUCUAGCCAUUUGAGUGGCGCUUUUUUCUCUCUCUCUCUUUUUUGGAUCUGAGUUUCAAUCCCUAUAACCUGGAUUGGAUUAUUUUUUCCAACGGUGAAAGCCGUUUUUUAAGAGGAUACCUGUGACUUUCUUUUUUCUUUUUCUUAUUUUGGUUGAUUAUAGAGCAAAAUCCCAGGUGUGAGGAGGGCACAGCAUGAGUCAAGCUGCAGAUGUGUGAGGGAGGCUGGGCCCAGAAGGAUAAGCACUUUGCCCUGUUUUGCUCCUUAGAGGGGAGGAGAACUUUGGUUAUCUGCGCCAGGAAGAGGGACCAGAGCCCUGGAUUAAUGUGUAUACAGGCUCAGCGAGGGAGGAGAGGAUUCUGGGUUACCUGCAGACCUGGAGUACACAAGUGAGCAGUUCUGGAUUGAGCCUGUGGCACAGGGGAUUGGCAUGGCUCAGUCCAGCUUUGCGUCAACUCAUCAUGACUGCUGGGCCUGACAACAGAAAGGAGCCUUUGCUACAGCUAACCCCUUCUUACACACGGAUCACUAUAAAACACAAAAAAAUCUAAUUUGGGGUUACGGCUGCUGAGCUCAACGAUUUCCACACCCAUCAGGAUUUUUAAUAUUCUCUGAGAUCGCACGCUUUGUCAAUGAGUGGAGAUGCUUUUUCUACAGGCUUAUCUGCCAUGGUAAAGGCAUUGAAAGCAUGAGCCCCUGACAACACAGAGGAGGUCAUCGUCCAAACAAGGAUCAGCUCAGCAAACACUGACCAGGUCAGGAUAUCACCAGAAACCCCUCGGACAAGCAUUUCUCUUCAGAGAGGAUAAAAGUAAAUUCGAGAGGAAAGCUUGAUUGGAUUUUUGGGAGCUGGAAAGGAUUUACCACAUCUUAUAAAUCAGGGGCUCUUGAGUGAUUAGACUGCCAGACAACACAGCUUCAAGAUGGUGCGUCAGUGCAAGGCCUUUAUCCUCUUCUUCAUCAGGGUCGGGCUGCUGCUGGGUCUUGCUAACCCCCUGGUGACCUCCGCCUCCUGUCCCUCACUCUGCCGCUGUGAUGGGACCUUCAUCUACUGUAAUGACCGUGGCCUGACUUCCAUCCCUACUGGUAUACCGCUGGAUGCUACAGUGCUUUUUCUGCAAAACAACCGCAUUAAGAGUUCAGGCAUCCCUGCAGAGCUGCGCAGGCUCUCCAAUGUAGAGAAGAUCUAUCUAUAUUGCAACAACCUGGAUGAGUUCCCCACUAACCUUCCACUUGGGGUCAAAGAGCUCCACCUUCAGGAGAACAACAUUCGGAUGAUCACCCAUGCCUCUUUAGCUCAAAUUCCCUACAUUGAGGAACUGCACCUGGAUGAUAACUCUGUAUCAGCCGUCAGCAUAGAGGAGGGAGCUUUUAGGGACAGUAACCACCUCAGACUGCUUUUUCUCUCCAGGAACCACCUAAGCACCAUCCCUUCAGGCCUACCCAUGACCAUUGAGGAGCUGCGCUUUGAUGACAACCGCAUCUCCUCCAUCUCAGAGCAGUCGCUGCAAGAUCUCAUAAACCUCAAGCGAUUAGUCCUGGAUGGUAACCUACUCAACAACCGUGGGAUUGGGGAGAUGGCUUUCGUCAACUUGGUCAACCUGACUGAGCUCUCACUAGUGAGAAACUCACUGACAUCACCGCCAGCUAACCUGCCAGGGACCAGUUUGGAGAAGCUGCAGCUACAGGAUAAUCACAUUAAUCGCGUUCCGCCUGGGGCUUUUGCCUUCCUCAGGCAGCUGUAUCGCCUGGACCUAUCUGGUAACAACCUAAGCAGCCUCCCACAAGGUGUGUUUGAAGAUCUGGACAAUCUCACACAGCUCCUGCUACGCAACAACCCCUGGCAGUGCACUUGCAGGAUGAAAUGGGUACGUGACUGGCUGCGAUCGUUGCCUUCUAAGGUGAAUGUACGUGGGUUCAUGUGCCAAGGUCCCGAUAAGGUCAAAGGCAUGGCUAUUAAAGACCUAUCUACAGACAUGUUUGACUGCACAGAUACAGACAUCGGCCCCACAUAUGAGACAAGCACAGUCUCUAACACUUUACCCCCUUCUCAGCCCCAAUGGCCCUCAUUUGUGACUAAAAGACCUGUGGUGAAAGGGGCUGACAUAGGUAAGAACUACCACAGCACUACCACAUCGUCAGGCAGAAAGAUCAUUACUAUCAGUGUGAAGUCAAGUAGUGCAGAUACAGUGCACAUAUCCUGGAGAGUGUCACAGCCAAUGACUGCCCUACGGCUGAGCUGGCUAAAGCUGGGGCACAGCCCUGCCUUUGGCUCCAUCACUGAAACCAUUGUGCAGGGGGAGAGAACGGAGUAUCUGCUCACUGCAUUGGAGCCAGAGUCUUCCUAUAGGAUAUGCAUGGUUCCCAUGGAGACCAGCAACAUUUACCUGUCAGAUGAGACACCUGUUUGCAUAGAGACAGAGACUGGCUCUCACAAAUCAUACAACCCCACCACAACUUUAAACAGAGAGCAGGAGAAAGAGCCUUACAAAAAUUCCAGUCUGCCUUUGGCCGCUAUCAUUGGAGGAGCUGUGGCUCUAUUGGCAAUAAUUAUGUUGGCGCUGGUGUGCUGGUAUGUCCAUAGGAAUGGUUCUCUCUUUUCCAGGAACUGCACAUACAACAAAGGUCGUCGGAGGAAGGAUGACUAUGCUGAGGCUGGCACCAAGAAGGACAACUCCAUCCUAGAAAUACGAGAGACUUCUUUUCAAAUGAUACCCAUAAAUCAUCUGCCUGUGUCCAAGGAGGAGUUUGUGAUUCACACAAUUUUCCCCCCUAAUGGCCUGAGUUUGUACAAAGGCCCACAUAGUGAGAACAAUAUUAACAACAGGAGCUACAGAGACAGUGGAAUACCAGAUUCAGACCAUUCCCAUUCAUGAUAUUGCGCAUGGACAUUCAUGAUGAGUGCGUGACUUGAACAGAGUGGCUAGACUUUUACAAAACACUGGAUCUAUAAGACUAAGGAAGCAAUGUUCUGUACAUUUGCCAUAUAAUUUAUAUUUAAGGACAUUUUAUGAAGAGGAAGAACGUUCCAAUUGCAGGCCAUCACUGAACCAUCAGUGGGUGUUGUAACUAACUGCAAUUCUAUAUUUUAGGGAUUUGUAGUAAUUUGUACUGUAUUUCCUUUGCUUAAGGUUAUCGACCAACUAAAAGAAACUCUGUGUUCUACUGAGAUAUGAUGACUUGUCAACUGUGAAAGUGGGUUUUCAUUGCUGUGUUGAACAAUCAGACUUUAGAAAACCUUGUAGUAUAAGCACAGGUCAUUCUUUUAACUUUGUGGCUGUCAGAAAAACAAAAAGGCAAAAAAAAUGACGACAUAAAUUAAGGCACAGCUGAUCAACUAAUAGACAAAGCAGGCAUGCUGCCCUCUUUAAGGAUGAGCAGACAGCAGCUGUCUCCAUGUGCCAGAGACCAAGAAGCUUACCCUGGUAUUCACCUGGUAUGGAGGAUAAAAAAGUAGAAAUGAGGUGCCAUGCUUUAUUUCUCUGCUUUGUUCAGUGUGUGAAUUCUUUCAUUUCUGUUCGCAAGAAGCAGAAACACAGCACAGCAACCCGGACAGGGUUCCUGUGUUUCUGAUGCCACAGCACAGGGCAGAUAAAGCACACCAACCUUUAGGAGCUCUCUGCUCCUCAAAUAUAAUAGUGGACAGGCUGACACAAUGGACCCCCCACUAUCUCUAUUUGUACAAGCCAACAAAGGCCAAACUACAAUGGUGGCAUUCUUACAUACAGUGUACCAUGCGUUAUUCUAGACACCUGGCCAAAAAAGACAGCGCAAAACAUGUUGGCUUUUGUUAGAAUACCACAGUGUCAGCAAUUCCUUGUUAUGAGUAUUAUUUUGUAUUACUUUCCAAUUGAACACACUUUUAUGUUGCCACAAUUUGAAGUUAACUGUUCUUUACAAUUGAAAACCAAAGUGCAUUGUAUGCCCUUUGGCCAGUCUUGUAUGUGCCUUGAUCCAAUGCUUAUUGUAUUUAGCUUUUUAAGAAACCAGUGACUUUUUUUCAUACACACUUGAAUAUGAAAAAUAUUGGUCAUAUUACAGAAUAAA